UCUCUCACCGACAGUGAGUCAGGAUGUUCCAGCCAUCCAGUCCAGCAGUCCACGGGGGCCACCUCUCGACAUGGUUGAAAGCAGUGACGACCCCCUUCCUGCCCAAGGACUCCAGUAACCUGCAGCACCCAGAGCAACUAGACACCGAGCUAGAUGAACUGAUGGCACACGAUCCAACCCAAGGCGACUACUACAAAGAACUCGCCAGGAUCUUCGGAAGCCUCGUUCACAUUCUCGUCGCCCAGGCACGGCUCAGUGAACGGAGCAACAUCGACCUUGAACAGCAAGCAGCAACGCUUAAGCUUCAAGCGGAGGAGGCCUGGACGGACCAGGCCCAAACCCAGAGUCGUCUUGAUCAGCUCCUCCUCGAGACCCAAAACCAGCGCGAGAAAGAGGACGACACAGAUCCAGAGCUACAGAAAGAAGUGGAAAGACUUCACAAUACCCUGCAAGAUCUUCGCCUCGACACAGAUCAAAGAGAACAGCUGGAGAGAGAAUCCAGAAAAGAACUCAACAAAAAACUCCAGCAAAGUGACGCUCUCCUAAAAAGAGCAGAGACUGAACAAAAAGAAAGAGACUCUAAAACCUGGGCCUGCAAAACACACUUGCAAGCGGCCCGAGCUAAAAUCAACGAGCUUACUCUGCAGAGCGACGAGCUCCAAAAUGAACUUGACACUGUUCACACAGAACUGAGACAAUCUCACAAAUUACAGAGUGGCUGGAUCGGAGAAACGCACACCACAAAGUUUCUCCCGGCCCGCCACUCCAACCCUUUCAGCCAAGAGCCCAGAGCGGAAAAAGGGGGUGUAAGCUCACGGCUCAAGAAAUCACCAGCCAGCUUACCAGAACACCUGUCAACAACGGAGGGGAGAGAACCCUUCCAGAGAACGCAUGCCACUAAACCCUGCACGGCUCACAGAGAACUUGACAAGCUAGCCAGAAGCAUCCCUACAUUCAAGCCAGAUACUGCCGGAGGACAUGACGUUCAUGCUUCUUUACGAGACACUGACUUUCACUUGCAAACUGUCAUCAACGUGACAGAUGUGAACACAUUGUACCUGUUAAAAAAUCACGUCCAGCCAUGAUGUGCAUUGUUUUCUGGAUCGUCAACCAGAGACUGUCAAAGCGUACUACCAGCAACUGCUACAGACUUUGAUUCUUGAAUUCUCUGAUCCAGACUCAGACCAUGGGCUGCUUAUCGCUAUGGACCUCAAACAGGGCCAACUUGAAAACCCACAGACUUUCUGUAGUCAGCUACGAAAAGCCUACUUCGGAGCAUGCAACGAACCAAGUAUGGAACAAGAUGUCAACUUAAAAACUCUGUUCCUCCGAAACCUACAUGCCAGUUGGAGUUUUCAUCUCAGAGUCCCAGCGUGUCCACGUAACAGAACUACACAAGAGUUACGGAACUCAGCCCACAAAGCUUGCACCAAGCAAAAGACUAUUUGUGAAAAGAUUGUGAAAAACCCCAAAGUCUCUGUCUCUGAGCACUGCUUGGAGUUAACCCUAGAUGGCGCCCUAAAACACCACAGUCACAGACAUUUUUACAGAGAGUCAAUACCGUUCCAAGCCAGCAGAGGGCAACACAAUCGUGCCACGUCUGAGACAGCAGAGAUCCUGAGGGUGCUGAAAGAGCUUCUUUACAUGAAAACUUGCAAGGAAGACAAGGAAGAUGAACCAGAC